AUGCAGAUCUUCGUGAAAACUCUGACUGGCAAGACGAUAACGCUAGAGGUGGAACCGAGCGAUUCGAUUGAGAAUGUGAAGGCGAAGAUUCAAGACAAGGAAGGCAUCCCUCCAGACCAGCAACGUCUGAUCUUUGCUGGUAAGCAGUUGGAAGACGGUCGUACGCUGUCAGACUACAAUAUCCAGAAGGAGUCAACACUGCAUCUGGUUCUCCGUCUGCGUGGUGGCAUGCAGAUAUUCGUGAAGACGCUGACUGGCAAGACGAUAACGCUAGAGGUGGAACCGAGCGACUCGAUUGAAAAUGUGAAGGCAAAGAUUCAAGACAAGGAAGGUAUCCCACCAGACCAGCAACGUCUGAUCUUUGCUGGUAAGCAGUUGGAAGACGGUCGUACGCUGUCAGACUACAAUAUCCAGAAGGAGUCAACACUGCAUCUGGUUCUCCGUCUGCGUGGUGGCAUGCAGAUCUUCGUGAAGACGCUGACUGGCAAGACGAUAACGCUAGAGGUGGAACCGAGCGACUCGAUUGAAAAUGUGAAGGCAAAGAUUCAAGACAAGGAAGGUAUCCCACCAGACCAGCAACGUCUGAUCUUUGCUGGUAAGCAGUUGGAGGACGGUCGUACGCUGUCAGACUACAAUAUCCAGAAGGAGUCAACACUGCACCUGGUUCUCCGUCUGCGUGGUGGCAUGCAGAUUUUCGUGAAGACGCUGACUGGCAAGACGAUCACGUUGGAGGUGGAACCGAGUGACUCGAUUGAGAAUGUGAAGGCGAAGAUUCAGGACAAGGAGGGCAUCCCACCAGACCAGCAACGUUUGAUCUUUGCUGGAAAGCAGUUGGAGGACGGUCGUACGCUGUCAGACUACAACAUCCAGAAGGAGUCAACACUGCAUCUGGUCCUUCGUCUUCGCGGCGGUUGA